AUGCACGCUUUCCGAUCCCGGUCAAAUCGGCCCAAACAGGAAGUUUCCGAAGACUCCCGGCCUCGAUCGCCUCGAUCGCCUCAUUCCCCGCAAACCGAAGGCUCCGUGGAGACGGCUGCUGCAAACUCGGCGCAACCGGGUUUCAUCAGUCGCUUACUGCGGCGGGCGCAAAGCAAGAAAAAUUUGAGGCCUAAAUCGUCUUCUCACAGCGCCAGAGAAUCUACCACAAUUCCGGAUAAUAACAAGCGAGUUGAGGCAGAGAUCAACUGCCAGGAAGAGCAGACGGAGGUCCUAACCAGGAAAACGAGCUCCAGGCACAAGACAACAGCUUCACGUUCACGCUUCUAUUCGGACCCGCCUCCGACGACGGAAGCACCCGGGAUCAAGCGGCCUCUGCAGGUUUACAUCCCAAAACAUGCUGCUGCCGAUUUUUCGCGUAUGCCCAUCUCCCCGCGCGACAUCACGGCACGCUACAGCUCCUUGGAUGAAGAGCGGCGAUUGACACUUUCGCCGCCUCCGCCCCAGUUGCCGCGUUCAAGCACAAGCACAAGCACAAGCACAAGCAUAGGUCAGACUAGGGACGAGUCGGAACUGUUGCGUGAUGCACGGCGUCCCACUGUUGCGACGAUUGACACAAUGGUCCCGAACGACGAAGGACUUGACCGAGUGAGCACGGGCGAGGCUCUGGACAAGACAUUUCUGCAACCCCCACCAUCGUCCUUGAGAUUGGAAGCCAAGCGUCAUUCACAUCAGAAGCGCCACUCCUUCAAAAUUGCCGCCGAUCCACGCAAAGUCCCAGAAAAAGACCACGAAUCGUCCGAUUAUCAACUUUUUAUGCAGAAAGCAAUGGACGACGAGCGCCACGAGCGCGAGGAACUUUGGCGUACAAUAUCGCAACGGUCAAGGCGAACGCCAAUGGUUAUCGAUCAUCCUGAUGUGAACAUGAACGUGUGUUCGCUGCAGCGCUCGGGCACAUUCGGCGACAAGGAAAGGGAAAAGCGGACAUCCAAGAGGCUUAGUAAUUCGUGGAAAAGGGCCAGUCAUGUCAGUCGCCGCCAAUCCGUCGAUGAACACCGUCGAUCAUUUAUCUACGGUGGAGACACAGCGACAGUGACUGGGGUAUCCGAAGGAACAAAUCGUGAUCUACAGCGGAAAUCGAGCGUAACCAAACGGAUACAGGAAUACGUCAAACCGGAGAGGCCUGACAAGGUACCAGGGACAUACGAAGAGACCGAGUACAAGUCGUUGAGUCGCAAGGGGUCUCGGAGAGCAUAG